AUGCUAUCUACCAUGGUCUGAACAGAGCAUUUUGGUGAGGAAGGUUGGUUUUCGAUGAGCUGUGUGUUCUUCUCCUCUCAAUAUUUUAACAACUUCCCUUCACAUGGUCCCCUUUGUAUCACAAAUCCACACUUAUUCUUCUAACUUUUUUUCUAUUCACAAUUCCUCAAAUUGUUUUUUUUUUCCUUUCUCUCUGUAGAAAAAAUAGAGAUGUGGGAACAUUUAGAGACACCAUGAAAUUCCAAAUCUUUGAUCUUCUUCUUCUUCUACUACUACUUAAAUAUCAAGCUUCUGGGCUUAACACUGAUGGAGUUUUGUUACUGACUUUCAAGUACAAUAUUCUGAGUGACCCUUCAAGUGUUCUGCAGAACUGGAAUUCUUGGGAUGAAACACCAUGUUCAUGGAAAGGGGUAGCUUGUGGAAAUCCAAAUGCUUCAGACCCAAACCUUCGAGUGACAAAUUUGUCUCUUCCUAAUUCUCAGCUUCUUGGUUCUAUUCCUUCUAGUCUUGGUAUGAUUCAAUAUCUUACAAAUCUUGAUCUUUCUAAUAAUUCCAUUAAUGGGUCUAUUCCUCUCACUCUCUUUAGUGCCCCUGAGCUUCAAUGGCUUGAUUUUUCUAACAACAGAAUCUCCGGCCAGUUGCCUGAGCUUGUCGGACAUUUAAAGAAUCUUCAGUUUCUUAACCUCUCCGGCAAUGCUUUGGCGGGAAGAUUACCGGCAAAUCUGACUAGGCUUCGUAAUCUAACUGUUGUUUCUUUGAAAGAUAAUUAUUUUUUUGGUGCUGUUCCUUUUGGGUUUGUUUCAGUUCAAGUUUUAGAUCUGUCGUCCAAUUUGAUUAAUGGGUCAUUACCUCCUAAUUUUGGAGGCAGCCAUCUCCGUUACUUUAAUGUCUCUUUUAAUAGACUUUGUGGAGAUAUCCCACCAGAAUUUAGCAGCAAAAUCCCUCCAAAUGCAACUAUAGAUCUCUCCUACAACAAUUUCAGUGGUGCAAUUCCAGAAUCAAUUGUUUUCAUUAACCAAAGUAGAAAAGCUUUUUCUGGGAAUCCUGAAUUAUGUGGUAAGCCACUGAAAAAUUUAUGCCCAAUUCCAUCUACAAUAACAACUCUGCCAAAUUCCGUUGAACCAACUUCUUCUCCAGCAAUUGCAGCCAUUCCAAAAACCAUAGACUCAAACCCAGCAGCCGAAUCUCCAAAAGAAGGCAAAAAUGGGCUUAGAACUGGCACAAUUAUAGGCAUAAUAGCAGGGGAUAUUGCAGCAGUAGGAAUUUUAGCACUGAUUUUCAUGUAUGUAUAUCGAGCCAAAAAGAAGAAAAGGAACAUAGAAAAUAGCAUAAAGAAAGAAGCUGAAACUGCAAAAGAUUUUGACUGGGCAUCGUCAGCAUCAUCAGAAGAAUACAACUGGUUAAGGUCAUGGACUUGUUUGAAAAAACAAAGGCACGGAGAUGGCGACGAAUUAUCAGAAGCUUCCAAUUCAGAAAGUGACGAGAGUGAUAAAUCCCAAUUGGGUCAUCAUCAGCAUAAUCACGUGCAUACAACACCGAAAACAGGUGAAUUAGUAACGGUUGAUGGAGAAAGGGAGCUCGAAUUGGAAACACUGCUUAAAGCAUCUGCUUACAUUUUGGGAGCUAGUGGGUCGAGUAUUAUGUACAAGGCUGUGCUAGAAGACGGGACUACACUGGCAGUGCGGCGAAUUGGUGAAAGUGGGGUGGAAAGGUUUAAAGAUUUCGAGAAUCAGGUGAAGGUAAUUGCUAAAUUGGUGCACACAAAUUUGGUUAAAAUCCGUGGCUUCUAUUGGGGUGCUGAAGAGAAAUUGGUCAUCUAUGAUUUCGUUCCUAAUGGUAGCCUUGCCAAUGCACGUUACAGAAAAACUGGUUCUUCGCCUUGUCACGUACCCUGGGAAAUCCGGUUAAAGAUUGCUAAGGGUGUGGCCCGUGGGCUCACUUACAUUCAUGAAAAGAAGCAUGUCCACGGCAACUUGAAGCCCAGUAACAUUUUACUAGGGGCAGAUAUGGAGCCCAAGAUUGGUGAUUUUGGAAUUGAAAGGCUUGUAACAGGAGAUAGCAGUCACAAAACCUAUGGAUCGGCUCGUAAUUUUGGAAGCAAAAGGUCCACAGCAUCCCGUGAGAGCUUCCAGGACUUUACAUCUGGGCCUACUCCAAGCCCAAGUCCAAGUGCAUUGGGGAUAUCUCCUUACCAUGCACCCGAGUCUCUUCGUAGCCUCAAGCCCAACCCGAAAUGGGAUGUAUUCUCGUUCGGGGUAGUGUUGCUGGAGUUGCUAACCGGAAAGGUGAUUGUCUCGGACGAAAUGGGACCUGCUACAGUCGUCGGGUCAGCAGGGGAAGAGAAGAGUAAAGUGUUGAGGCUGGCUGACGUGGCGAUACGUGCUGACGUGGAAGGGAAGGAAGAUGCCCUGCUGGCACUAAUGAAAGUAGGAUAUAGUUGUAUAUCACCAACCCCUCAGAAGAGACCAGGCAUGAGAGAGGUGGUUCAAGCAUUGGAAAAAUUUCCAACUAAUUCAACCACUUCACCAUACUAUUAUGGGCCUUAAUGAACAAUGAUUAAAAGAUGGACAACAAUUGUAGAGACCAGAGACCUUGUAUGUAAUGAGACUGAUAACUUUUUCCAUUUUUUUUUCAAUUUAUUUUGGUUUGGCCUCUUAAUAUAGUAUUAGCCAUUGUUUUUCUUUUUAAUAAUGACUAGUGUAAUCGUUGUGCUGUAUUUUUUUAAAGGUACGGUGACUUUGGAUUAUCAAUAUCCGACAACUUAAUCUGUGUUUGCUAA